UUUCUCAGAUUGUUGCUGGAAGGAGACAGCGUCGACAUCUGACUGGACUCCCGGUGUCUCGUCGUCUGGUGGUCGCUCUUCCUCCGGGGUUCGGAACCUGUCUCCGGCUUCUUGGCCGCGGGGCCUGGAAGGAGGCGUACAGAGGCGACUCGAGAACGAUCCGCGGACGCUCAGGACCUCCCUUGGCCGCCCCACGCAGCGCCAUGUCCUGGAUGUUCAAGAGAGAUCCUGUUUGGAAGUACUUGCAGACUGUCCAGUAUGGAGCCCAUGGAAAUGUUUCACGCCUUUCAUAUCCUACUUUCUUUCCCCGUUUUGAAUUCCAAGAUAUUAUCCCUCCAGAUGACUUCCUAACUAGUGAUGAAGAGCUAGAUUCUGUUUUAUUUGGAACUUUGAGAGGGCAUGUGGUUGGACUACGCUAUUACACAGGAGUAGUUAAUAAUAAUGAAAUGGUUGCCUUACAACGAGAGCCUGAUAACCCCUAUGAUAAGAAUGCGAUUAAAGUAAACAAUGUGAAUGGAAAUCAGGUUGGCCAUGUAAAGAAAGAUCUUGCAGCUGUUUUGGCCUAUAUCAUGGACAACAAGUUGGCACAAGUUGAAGGGGUAGUUCCGUUUGGUGCAAACAAUGCUUUUACCAUGCCUCUGCAUAUGGCUUUUUGGGGAAGAGAAGAAAAUAGAAAAGUGGUUUUAGAUCAGUUGAAGAAACAUGGAUUUAAAUUGAUUCCUCCACCAAAAACUUUAGGAUUCAGUUUGGAAAGUAACUGGGGCUCUGGAAGAGCUGGACCAAGCUAUAGUAUGCCAGUUCAUGCUGCAGUACAGAUGACUACUGAACAGCUUAAAACAGAAUUUGACAAAUUGUUUGAAGAUUUAAAAGAAGAUGAUAAAACUCAUGAAAUGGAACCAGCUGAGGCUAUUGAAACACUAUUACUUCCACAUCAAAAACAAGCUCUAGCUUGGAUGGUGUCACGGGAAAACAGUGAAGAUCUCCCACCAUUCUGGGAACAGCGAAAUGAUUUAUACUAUAAUACGAUCACAAAUUUUUCUGAGAAGGACCGACCAGAAAAUGUCCAUGGAGGAAUUUUAGCUGAUGAUAUGGGUUUGGGCAAAACUCUUACAGCCAUUGCUGUAAUUCUUACCAACUUCCAUGAUGGCACACCUCUUCCUGUUGAAAGAAUUAAAAAGAAUCAACUGAAGAAGGAAUGUAAUGUUAACAAUGACUCUGUGAAACUUGAAGGAAAUACCAGUGAAAAAGCAGAUGGACUAAUCAAAGAAGGAUCUAGAUGUAGCAAAGAAUCCAGUAUUUCAGAUAUCAAGGAAAAGAAUAAAUACCCCAUGUCAGAAUUUUCUAGCUCCCGCCCCAAAAGAAGAAAAACUGCUGACAAGUAUAUAGAAAGCAGUGAUUCAGAGGAAUUUGAAACAACUGAAUUACCGCAGAAAACAAAAGGUAAACUGAAAAAUGCAAAGUCAGAGACUAAAAGCAGGGGAAAAGCAGGAUCUUCCACGAUUAAAGACGAUUCAGAGUUUGCACGUGCACUUAUUUCGUCUGCCCCUACAACAAAAAAGAAAAUGUUGAGAAAGGGACUGUCUGCAGUGGAGGAGUCAAAGAAAACUGAUCUUGGAGAGAAACCAAGAACAACAUUGAUCAUCUGUCCACUUUCUGUGUUAAGCAACUGGAUUGACCAGUUUGGACAACAUAUAAAAUCAGAGGUGCACUUGAAUUUCUAUGUUUAUUAUGGUCCUGAUCGUAUUAGAGACCCCGCUUUGCUUUCCAAACAGGAUAUUGUUUUGACCACAUACAAUAUUUUAACUCAUGACUAUGGGACCAAAGGGGAUAGUCCAUUACAUAGCAUAAGAUGGCUGAGAGUGAUUCUGGAUGAAGGACAUGCCAUACGAAAUCCAAAUGCUCAGCAGACAAAAGCUGUACUUGAUUUAGAAGCAGAAAGAAGAUGGGUAUUGACAGGUACUCCAAUCCAGAAUUCCUUAAAGGACUUGUGGUCUCUUCUUUCCUUUUUAAAACUUAAACCAUUUCUGGACAGAGAAUGGUGGCUGAGAACAAUACAGCGUCCUGUUACGCUGGGGGAUGAAGGGGGACUCAGGCGUUUACAGUCCCUAAUUAAGAAUAUUACACUUAGAAGAACAAAGACAAGCAAAGUUAAAGGGAAACCAGUUUUGGAGUUACCGGAACGUAAAGUAUUUAUUCAGCAUAUUACGCUUUCAGAUGAGGAGAGAAAGAUUUAUCAGUCUGUGAAAAAUGAAGGUAGAGCUACGAUUGGAAGGUAUUUUAAUGAAGGAACUGUCCUGGCACACUAUGCAGAUGUCCUGGGUCUUUUGCUUAGAUUACGGCAGAUUUGUUGUCAUACUCACCUACUUACCAGUGCAGUUUCUUCCAGUGGUCCCACAGGAAAUGACACCCCUGAAGAACUGCGAAAGACAUUAAUAAGAAAGAUGAAGUUAAUUCUGAGCUCAGGUUCAGAUGAAGAAUGUGCAGUUUGCUUGGAUUCUUUAACAGUUCCUGUGAUAACACAUUGUGCACAUGUAUUUUGUAAACCUUGUAUUUGCCAAGUCAUUCAGAAUGAGCAGCCUAAUGCUAAAUGCCCUUUAUGCAGAAAUAAUAUAGAUGGAAACAAUUUAUUAGAAUGUCCUCCAGAAGAAUUAGCAUCCAACACUGAGAAAAACACUAAUAUGGAAUGGACGUCCAGUUCAAAGAUUAAUGCUUUAAUGCAUGCACUGAUUGACUUAAGAACGAAGAAUCCCAACAUAAAAAGUUUAGUUGUUUCUCAGUUUACAACGUUCCUCUCUUUAAUAGAAACACCACUUAAAGCCUCUGGAUUUGUGUUUACUCGUUUGGAUGGUUCUAUGGCCCAAAAGAAAAGAGUUGAAUCAAUUCAGUGUUUUCAAAAUACAGCAGCAGGAUCUCCAACUAUAAUGCUUCUGUCUUUAAAAGCAGGUGGAGUUGGUUUGAAUCUUUCUGCCGCUUCUCGAGUGUUUUUAAUGGAUCCAGCCUGGAAUCCUGCUGCUGAAGACCAGUGCUUUGACAGAUGCCAUAGACUUGGCCAGAAACAAGAAGUUAUCAUCACAAAAUUCAUUGUAAAGGACUCUGUUGAAGAAAAUAUGCUGAAAAUACAAAACACAAAGAGAGAACUUGCAGCUGGAGCUUUUGGAACUAAAAAACCAAAUGCUAAUGACAUGAAACAAGCUAAAAUUAACGAAAUCAAAACUUUAAUUGAUUUAUAACUUGUGAAGUUUUAGUCAGGUCAGUUUGGAUGUACAUACAGAAGUUUUGGAAAUGAGAUAAAUGCAGAGUUCUAGAAAUGAGGCCUAGAGAGUAUGUCUUCUGCAAGGGGCAUAUUUUAUAUUUGGGAAGAGGUAUUCUUGACACAAUCUCUUCUGUACAUGAUUCUAUUUUUAGUGAUACUUCAAAUAGCAAUAAGUUCCGUUCUAUACUGUGGCCUAAGAUAAUUUUUUGAGGAAAAAAAAUUACUUUGUUAUUCCACUUUUCAUAGUAGGUAUGCUGAGUAUUUUCAUAUAUCUCCCAAAUACUCAGCUUUUUCGUAUUUCAAAUGAGGUCAAAUCUUUUAUACUUUUGACCAAGUAAAGAAGUUAUUUUCUACGUUGGGCACGUGUGGUUACUGACCAAAGCCUCCCAUUUGUGAUGCAGUGGAUUCCCCGUCCUUGUAAAUGAUUAAUAUAUACAUUGACUAUUCAAGAGAUUGAUUUUAUUGGCCUUUCAAAAACCAUAUUCGCACUCCGGAACCAAACCUUCUAUAAGAGACCAAAGUCCAGGUUAGCAAGUUGCUUGUAAUUUCAUGUUCAUGAAAAAAUUAAAGACUGUGUUAGUAGCGCUAUUUUCUCCAUGUUAGUCAGGUGGUACUGUAGUCAUUGUUUAAAUGUAACUUGAUGUUUAAGGUGUAAAUACAGUCUGUGGAUGUGGGAGAAAACCAGUUCUACCCAGUUUGAUUUGAAAAUGUAAAUUAUGCAUUGCUAAAUAGAUAUUUCUAUAAAUAGAUAAUUUUUAUUUAUGUAGGUUUUUUGGGAAAUAUCUUUAUAAAGUUUUAUAAUUCAGAAGACUACUGUAUGUGGGAGGUAUGAUACCUGGAUGGAAGCUGGGCUGGAUGACCUGCAAGGUCAUUGCAGCCCUUAAAGGCAUCUUAAACCUGAAUGUAAAAAUUUGUGUGUUUAGAAUGAGAAUUUGGUUUUGGAAUUUAAAUAAUUCAUCCUUACAUCUACCUACAGAAUUAAUCAUCUUUUUCUUACUUUUUGUUAAUAAGCAAAUUCAUAGUAGUUGCCACAGAAUUCUUCAUGACUCCUUGAGUCAUAUUUAAAACAAACAAGAUAAUAAGUUUAAUGAUCAGGUUAGGUAGUCAAUGGUGGUAUUUCCUUAAGGGAAACUUUUUUUUUUUUUUAAUCCAAAGAAAGAAGAGAUUACUUCCUGUAACGAGAAGUCUCGUGCUUGACGAUGUAGACUUAAGAACGCUUUAGAUUUUACUUACACUGUUAGAAGGGACCUGGCUGGAAAUAGAGAGGGUUGGAGGCGGCCUUGUGUUGUGUGGGACACACCUAAGGUAUGUGUUAGGUCUGUCACUGGCCAAGUCCUCCCUUCUCUGUGCCCUGUCUCUUGUUCCAAGGGAACAGUGGGUUAGCUCUCCCUUUUCUCAGUGGCAGCAUCUUAAGGGGAUGCUGAUGAAAAAGGACCAGGACAUCUCUCUGCAGUUGUAAGGGUGGGAUAAUAACUUGGGGUUGGUCCGCUAGCAUUAGGAGCAGUAGGGAAGUGCUUUACCUUCUGGGAGUACUCAACUUAUACAAUGAAUAUAGGUCCCAACCUGCAUGACAGAAGAAAAUCAGGUUGAUCUGGAUAUCACGAAAUAUGGAAAUGUGGAUUUUCUAUAUAUUAAUAAUCCAGUGGGAUUAAGUUAGAGUUUUCAGCACAAAAUGACAGUCUUCUUGCUUAAAAAGGCAAAGCCUCAAAAACUUACUGUAAAGGUAAAGACUUGACUUGCUUCUUUACCCAAACAUUUGCAGAGUUAUGCUUUUAAAUGUAAGUUUGGCAAGUCAUUUUAAAAAUGCCUUUUUGUUUUUUUUGUAUAGUUCUGUUAAAUGGUGUUUUUUUUUUAAAUUGUAAGAAAAUAUAUAAACUACUGGAAUGAAAACUUCACAUUAUGCUAUGCUGUUAAUUCUGUUUCAUUAUUGAGUAGACUAAUAGUUUUAGAAAUAUAUUGAAGAUAUUGUAUUCACACUUGUGGUUCAAACUGAAUUUUGUGGUUCAAACUGGAUUUUGUUUUAAAUUUAAAAUCAAUAAAAACUUCAGAAAUUUUAUUCAGUCCCAUAAUUUUAAUGACUAUUUUAAAAAAAUCUUUCAUUAAAUAUCGUACUUCUGUGAAGAUGUCUGUUUUACAUAAUUACUUUUUACUAAAGUACUGUGAUUAACUGAGUAACUUACAUUCCUACCACCUUUUUUUAUUUUGCUCAAUUUAACUGUGACUUUCUUGGUCAGAAAUCAGAGUAUAUAAAUUUUGAAAGUUUAUUUUAAAUGCCUUGAUCUUCAAAAAUUCAAAAACCUUGUCUCGGGUUAUUAUUAUUCCCUUACCUGCAGUAAAGGAGUUGUGAUGAUAUCUACGUAUAGUGGUAUUAAUACAUAACACUUUGGAUCAUUGUAGAUUUUUCUCUAAUUCCAGCUCUUGGAUGGGAAAUAGUCAACCAAGAAAAACUCCUAAGCAGUUUGUUACAAAAAAAAACAAACAAAAAAACCCGUUGCCAUCUAGUCGAUUCCGACUCAUAGCGACCCUAUAGUGAGUACCAGUGAAAUUAUCCUCAGGCAGUGUAUGUUUUCUGUCGGGGGAUGUCAGACAUUGGUGUAUGUUUUAUUCAUUUUAUUUACUGUACUUGCCAAAGUUUCAUUUAUUAGAUUUUGGAUGACAGCCAUUAAAAACAGGUGGGCAAAUUUUGUUUACCUCAUUAAAAAGAACUCGAAUGUUUAACUAACCUUUAAGUUUUUAGCUACAUUAACUUUAAAAUAUUUGCAAAAGGUAUAAUCCAACAGAGAAUAACUUUCUCCAUUUCAUUCAUUAAGUAUGUAGGUAUGUUUGCACUGUCACCUGCUUUACAAGUUCUAGAUUUCUGCAAUUUGAUACCUCAUUUGUAUCGUACUUGAGUGAGAAUCACUCAUUGCAAGGGGUUUGGUUUUUUUUUUCCCCUGAAUAAAAAAAGCCAGUAAUACCGAUAGCUGUGAAUAAUAAUUGGGAUGCUUCCUUGCAGUAAUGCCAACCUUCAAAGGGGACAUUUUCUGUUGUCAGCAGACACAUUUUCUCCCAUGUUAAUAUAUUUAUACUUACUGCAUGGUAAUAAUAAAGGACAGAAGUCUUUUAUAUGAACCCUUAAUGCUAAAAAUGGAGAAAGACAAUGCAUAUUUGGGUAACAUUUUUUUUUGACAGCUAAGUUACUAAUAAUUUACUCCUUUCAGAAGGAUAAAUGAUUUAUAAUUCCCAAUCAGAUCAUUUACUAGUUAAAAUGAGAGAUUUCUUACCUUUUUUCCAGCUCCAUACUCAGCUUUCCUGCUCAACACUUU